UGGUGUUUUUCAAACCAUCGUAUUGUGACAAAUAAACCACAAAUUUAGCAGCCUACUGUGGCCGAUUCCAUGAACGAAAUAUUCUACCCGUUAAAUCCCAAUGAGUAGUUCCAACUUCAAACCCGCUGACCCCCCUCACCGGGAUGAAAAAGGGAAUAGGCUGCCAACGCCUAUUACUACCAGCAUCCGUGAUGACAAAACGAUGGUGGUCCGAGGGAUGACACCGCAGAUCAUCAGCGUCCCUGGCCGGGAUGAGAAGAGCUUGAACAUUGCAAGGAUGCCCCAAACGUUAAGCACACCAGACAUAGUGAAAGCCAGCACCAUCGCAGGUUUGACAGGGGCAAAAGCCGUGGUGACUAAACCUCUCAUUCCCGUGCCACAGUCUGUUACUCAUACACUGCACAUUGGUGUCCCCAAGGUUAGUGUUGGAAGCAAACCAAUGCUGAACCCAGUGAUGCCACUCCAGACCCAGGUGACAGCCAUUGCAGCGAAAAGCCAGAUGAAACCAAAGCAAAAAGGAAUCUUGAAUAUGCAAGAUGUGCGAUCUCAUCACCCUGGACAUGUCACCAUAGCAACCAUGCCAUCACAUACUCAGCCAGCUGUUGUCUCCUCUAUACAGCAGGUCACAACAGGACAUCCUCAACCCUUGGUCUCGCCACAAAUACCAACAAGUCUAACACACAAUUUGGCCUCUCAGUUGCAUCAUGGAGCACAACAUGCGGGGAUGAUACCGUCAAUAAUUACUGCGUCACAGAAGGCCGCGAUGCCCCAGCGCGUUGCGACACCUCCACAGUCUCACCUUGUUGGUAAUCAAUUCCCGUCUCAUGUUCCACGGGGUGCUGCAGCAGCAUCUGCCCUCAAUGUACCAAAAGGAUCGGUAGCAACUGCCGUCAGACCUUCGAUUACCCCAACCAGUGAUCAACACAGGACAAUAGUGUCAAGUCAUCCGACCACCUGCGCACCAUCAGUUCAGAUCACAAUCCAGCAAUCUGCGCGCACAAUGGAUCUCCAGCACCGGCCUGUUCUACCACAGUACACAGGGUCACAUGCCGCCCCAACCACUGCAAAGACGGUCCAUCUCCCCCAGCCUCAGCAGAAGUUGAUUAUUUCCACAUCGCCUCAUGGUGCGGUUGGACCACAUCAAACUAUAACAACAGUGGCGAUACCAAAAUCAGUGGCAUCCCUUGUUUCCACAUCAUCAUCAGGCGUGGUACUUGCAACCACAACUGCUGCAGCUCCUGUGUCAAUACCCAUCGCUAAAGUUCACCCUCAGAGACAGCUAAUGCACCCUGCACAGACGUCAGCAGACUUCACGAGGACAGAAGCGAAUGUAGCUUCUACGACACAAGGAUUGUUCCUUUCACAAGCCCAUAGGGGUGCUGCAACGACAAUGGCUAGUGUGCCUCUUACGACCACUCAUACGGACACACGUUCGACCCUUCCACAAGUUCUGAACACCUACCAUAGGUUGCCUGCUGGAUCUUUCAGCGGUUUUGAAUACAUGACCAGCUACCAUCAAGGAAUGCCGGCAAUGCAGUAUAGUCACAUUGCUGGCUCGCAGCCUUCUUUUGUGGCGGCUAGUACCGGUUCAAGUACGAGGCAAGUUACUCCCUCCCAGACCCCAAACCUGGCUGCUACGCUUCAGGCCCAUAAUAAUGCUGCAACCACCGCCACAGCAGUGAAAAUGACCCCGGUGAUGGUAUCUAUGGAACCCAAACCUCCUCGACAACUCUCCAUACGCUCUCCUCAAUACACGGCGGCCACUGAAGUGACGCAUGGCAUUUCUGGAGGAGACUCUAACCUCAUCACCACAUCAACGCCAGGUCAGCUGCUUGGCUUUGCAGCCCAACAGGCCAGCACCUUAAUGCCAUCAAACUCGCAGAAUAACACUACCACAAACCUCAAUGCAUCGCCGCGACCAAGCAUACUGCGGAAAAGACCAAAUGAUGGUCAGUCCAGUGUUGUGAAGAAGUCUUUAAAUCUCAGUGACAGUGCUGCGAGCAGUCCAAAGCUUGACUCGGGCCCGAUGUCUGCUGCCAGUUCGCCCAAACCCCUCAUCGAUGCAUGUUCUCGGGAGAACAGCCAGUCAUCUACGGACACGGCCUCAUCGGCCGAGAACAGUAACCAGAGUCCACCGGUUGCCAUGCAGACGACAGAGGUCAAGGUCAAGCAGGAACCGAUGGAAACAACGGAAAAUGGUUUAAUAUUAUCGAGUGGCGCGACAACGCCGGCUAUUUCGCAAUCUAAUAGCAUGGAAGCUUCACCUCGGAAAAAGCCUCGGAAGCAAUUAUUAAAUGCCAAUGAAGAACUAAAAGAUGAGCCAGUAUCGUACUCAUCCGGCGACAAUAUCGACGACCUCCUGGACACAUCAUUUGAGAAUGACGGAGACAAGGACUCUUUCAUCGAUGACGAGGGAACGCGGUGGGUUAAUAUGCGGCGAAGGAACCAGGUGGCGCUUUUAAACUUUUACAGUUGUACGUGGAAGGCAAAGAACAACCAUUUUUAUCGGCAAGCAGAUGUCAAAAUCAAAGAUGAAAGGCGUCCAACAGUGAAUGAACUGUCAAACCAAAAGGGUAUUAUGCAAAAAACAAGUGGCUGGAAACUGUAUCACUUAGCAGCACAGUUAGAAGAUAUGAACGAUUGUGAGAAAGAUGUGAAGUCCAAAAUGGGAGGAAUCCAGGAUUCAUUGAUACCGAAGGGCAAGCACUCGCCUUUGAUUGAUGAGGAGAUGUCACGGGUACAUGAUCUAACACAGGGCAAUAUUCAGCGGUCACAGCUAAUAGUUGACCAAUUGGAAGAAGCGAGGUCAUCAAUGAUCAAAAUCCUCGAUCACAAACAGAAAAUCAUGGAGAUUGUAAACAAACACCACAGUAAACGGCCCGUCAAGAAAAAGGAGCGGAGUUAGUCCCGAGGGAUUUUAUAUGUACAGUGUUUAUAGUGUACAAUGUAUAUCUAUGCUAUAAAGGCCAGCCCAAAAAAUAUGUUUGCUUGGAGUGACAUUUGCAUACCUUCAUGUAAUGAAUCUUUUUUAAUCGACAAAUAUUUUUUGGUUUGUCCUGGAAUUGUGCAUUUUCGCAGUUCAGAAUACGCAGUAUCUGUCCCCCAGUUUAUUAUUAUUGAUAAAGAUGUUACUGCAAGCCAACAGUUGUUUAAGGCUGGUCCUAUAUUACACCAUAUUUCAUGGUGCUGUCCAAUGAUAAUGAGAUCAAGUCGCAGAUAUGAGGGUCUGUUUGAUCAAAUUAUGUAUAGGUGGCUCUGCCUCUUGUGCUCCUCAAAUUGAAAUGAUUUUGGUACAAAGUUUCUAAAUAUGAUUUAUCUGUAUAGCUUAUUUUGCCCGAAGGGUCAUGAAAAUGUUCGAGUUGUGCCCGAAACUAAAUCAAAUGUUGCUUUCUACUGGGUAUGCAGGGUUUAAACCUGUGUUUACCUUUCCAAAGUAUUUCUCCCAGAUUUUACCAGAUCAGUCGAGCAAUGUCUCAAGGUCGGUGUGAUAAUGCCACUUCAGAUUAUAUAAGUUAUUCUUUUGUUUUUUAUCAGUUCAUGUAUGUAACUACAUGUAUUUGGAAUAUUAGAAACAAACUCCUUGUGUUUUGAAUGAAUCCUGAAUUUACGCAAAUAUCAAUUUAUUUCGAAACCGGAAGUGUCAAACCCCCAGUUGAUAAUUAUGAUAAUUUUCAAGGCAGCUGUUAUGGUAUCAGGUUACUAUCUUCAACUGGUUUUCCCAAAGAAUUGGGGGGGGGGGG